UGAUACAAUGUUGUUAUCGAGACGAGUUCAUGUGUUCGUGGUUUACAACCAUUCACUUCAACAUACAUACACUAUUAUUAAAACGUGUAUUUUUGCCUUCAUUUGUACUGAAAAUAAAUUUCGUGACAAUAAUUGUAAUUAAUAAUUGUAAAAUAUCGGUAAAAACCAACGACGUUAUUUUUAGCUUGUAGAAAAUAAUGAUUAUUGUUAAAAUAAUAUUAAAACUAUUAUAAGGGCAAAGAAAGGUUUACGUGCUAUCGAAUAAUAGACUAAAAUGACGUGUCUUUUAUGCGCUUGAAGUUUAUUAUUUACAUCCAUAAAUGCCUGAACGAAUUCAGUGUGUUAUCGGUUGCUACUGGUUACGUGUUUCUAUAUGGAUUACGAGAAUAACCACUUCAGAAUGAGCGCUCGACGCGAUACGAAGAAGGAGGAGCUAGAGGUCACAGAGGACAUUGACCUCGAAAACUUCCAUGACGUAGAUGGGUCACGUGCCCACUUCUCGUCUACGUUUGGGCUCGUGCUCUCGUGCAUGGGGUGCGUGGUAGGCACGGGCAACAUAUGGAGAUUCCCGCGCAUUGUGGCCAACAACAGCGAUGAGACAGGUGGGCUGGUUUUCCUGAUUGUCUGGGUGAUCUUCCUGUUCCUGUGGUCCAGUCCGUUGCUCAUGCUUGAGUACGGAACUGGACGAUACACGAAGAAGGCCGUUCUCGGGUCUUUCCGUGAGUUCAUUGGAGAUAAACAUAUAUGGUGCGGGGCGUGGAUCUCCAUGGUGACGUUUGCAAUCAGCUGUUUCUAUUCGGUGGUGCUGGGCUGGUGCUUCUAUUACUUCAUCUACUACAUCGGACACGCACUUCCGGUCAAAGAAGACGAAGCUAGAGCGACGUUCAAAGACUUCGCGGAGGAGAGCCAUUGGCCGGUCCUAACGCACUUCCUGGCCAUCCUUCUUUCCGGCUUGUGUGUGACGAAAGGCGUGAAGACAAUCGAGCGUGUGAGCGUCGUGCUGGUACCGCUGCUACUGCUGAUCGUACUAUUCACGUUCGUCUGGUCCCUUACCAGGAAGUUUGGGGACAAGGGCAUCGAGUUCCUGUUUACACCGCAUUGGAACUCCUUUCUGGAGCCCCGUGUCUGGGUGGAUGCUAUCAGUCAGAACGCAUUCGACACCGGGGCUGGCAUGGGUCUGAUGAUCCCCUACUCCGCCUACAUGACCCGCCAGAACGGCAUCGUCAAGUAUGGGUACCUGAUUCCUGCCACCAACAACCUUAUCAGCCUAUUAUGCGGCAUUACCAUCUUCGGCACUGUGUUCUCCUCGCUAAUCGAGAGCCGGCCCUCCUACACACAGGCGGAUAUCAUCAAUAUCAUGAAGGACAGCGGCCCAGCUAGCACGGGGCUAACUUUUAUUUGGAUGCCAGUGUUGUUCCAGACGAUUGGAGACUUCGGUCGUGUGAUGGCCAUCUUGUUCUUUCUGUCGCUGUCGUUCGCAGGGUUGACCUCACUCAUGUCGAACUUCGAGCUGGUCACGAAAACGCUAGAGGACUUUGGGCUUUCCCGUAAGUUCGGGAUGCCUUUGGCCAUUACUGUUACAUUUCUGCUUGGUCUUCCAUCAGCUCUGGAUAUCAACUUUUUGACCAAUCAGGACUUUGUAUGGAGUUUCGCCCUCGUCAUUAACGGCGGCAUGCUUUGGUACAUGGCUGUGAGGUUCGGGGUGGGCAGGUUCCGGCGCUUCGUCGUCAACGCGUACAGCGAGAACGACUGGAAACUCACCCCGGUCUGGCAGUUCAUAAUCACAAUACUGGUCCCUAUUCAAGCACUUGUAAUCAUUAUCUGGUGGGGAAUCGAUCUGAUUACGAACGAGUCUGGGGACGGAGAGAAGUGGUACGAGUUCGGUCGGGAGACGCUUGUCAUGACUCUUACCCAGUGGUUCGUUCUGAUGCUGAUUCUCAUUCUGAUCAACGUGGCGUACCUAAAGAUACGAGACCGCAUGCGCGGACAAGACUUCAUGCUUGGUCGUGAGACAGAUCCACUACUGCUUCCUUCUAGCGGCUACGUCACAUCCGGGGACGUAGAAAACUCAUUGACAAUUUCACGUGACUUAAAGGGCAAUUUGAUAGAGCAGAAACUUUGAUUGAAAAUAUGCCCUACAAUGUGUGUGUGUGUUUGUGUUUGUUUGUGUUUGUUUGUAGCUUUGUGUUUGGAUUGUUAAAAGUUAUCAACACUUAUUUCCGUGAUUUAUCGUCUUAAAAUUAACUUACUUACAAUGACACGUGUACUCAUUUACGGUAUAUUAACUUUUCUAGUCAAACAUA